AUGUCUCCCUUCGUGAAUCAAAUCGAAAAGAACCGAUUUGUUUUCUUAUUCAUUUCUCUCUCUUUUCUCGCAAUCUCUCACUCUCUCUCUCUCUCUUUUCUCGCAAUCUCUCACUCUCUCUCUCUCUCUUUCACUCUCACUAUCUAUCUCUAUAUCACUCUCACUAUCUCUCUCUCUUUCCUCUCUAUCACUUUCCUUGAUCUCUCUCUCUUUCCUCUCACCAUACACUUUCUUUCUUCCCUCUCUCACUCUCUCUAUCUUUCACUCUCUCUCACUCUCACUAUCUCUCUUUCACUCUCACUAUCUCUCUCUCUCUUUCCCUCUCUAAUCUCAUCAUUCCUCUCACUCUCUCUUUCUUACUAUCCUUUCAUUUCUCUUUCUCUCUUCCCUCUCCUAUCUAUCUCUCUCUCUAUCUCUCUCUUUCAUCUCAACCCCUUUCACUCUCUCUCAUCUUUCUAUCUUUCCUCUUUCCUCUCUCACUCUCUCUUUCUUUCCCUUUAUCUCUUUUUCAUUCUUUUCUCUUUUUUCUCCUUUCCUCUAUCUCUCUCUUUCUCUCUCUCUCUUCCUCUCCCAGUUUCUUUUCUCUCACAAUCUCUCUCUUUCCUUCUCACUAUCUCUUUCAUUCACUCCCACUCUCCCUCUCUCACUCUCACAAACUCUCUGUUUCACUCUCACUGUCUCCCUCUUUCACUCUUUCUAUCUCUUUCACUCUUACUGUCUCUCUCUUUCACUUUCUCCAUCUCUCUAUUUCACUCUCUCCUUUCAAACUAUCUAUCUUUUCCUCUAUCUCUUUCAUUCUCACUAUCUCUCUUUUUCACUCUCACAAUCUCUCUCUUUCACUCUCACCGCCCCCCUCUUUCGCUCUUUCUAUCUAUCUCUUUUACUCUUACAAUCUCUUUCACUCUUACUGUCUCUCUCUUUCACUUUCUCCAUCUCUUUAUUUCACUCUCACUGUCUCUCUCUCUUUCACUGUCUCUCUCUCUUUCUCUCUCUCUCUCUCUCUCUCUCUCUCUCUCUCUCUCUAUCUAUCUAUCUAUCUAUCUUAAACACUAUCGAUCUAUCUAUCGAUCUAUCUAUCUAUGUAUUUAUAUCUGUAUUCAUGUCUAUCUAUUUUAUCUAUCCCUGUGUUCAUAUCUAUCUAUCUAUCUAUCUAUCUAUCUAUCUAUCUAUCUAUCUAUCUAUCUAUUCCUGUCUGUGUUCAUAUGUAUUUAUCUAUCUAUCUAUCUAUUUCAUCUAUCUAUCUCUGUCUAUAUUCAUAUCUAUCUACCUACCUAUCUAUCGAUCUAUCUAGCUAGCUAG